UAAUUCAGUGUCAGAGAAAUAUUUAUUUCUAGCUUGCUAGCUCAGCGACGUUCAUAUCUGAGGGCGUCCGAUUUCCCCUCCUCUUCAGAGGCAUUACGAUGCCCUCUGAUUUUAUAUCCCUACUCAGCGCGGAUCUCGACCUGAAUUCCCCCAAAUCCCUAUAUUCCAAAGAAUCAGUGUAUGACCUUCUCCCCAAAGAGCUGCAGCUGCCGUCCUCCACUCAGCAAAACCCAGCAGCAGCCAUGAGCCAGAAGAGCGGUGGAGAGGCGGUUCCCCCUCCCUCAGCUGCCCUUGACUCAGGUAAGCCCCUCCUUCUCUUCUGCCUCCAUGGUAACAGUGAGCAGUGCUGGUAAUGGUUCCAUCCUGUUUCCUGGAGUCAACCCUUCUUUAGGCUACCUGCAAGACCACUUCCAACUACAUUAGGGGUAGGCAGCACACAGUCUGUACCUGUAGGCUUACACCUGCAUGUAGAGUACAGCCAAUGGGCAAGGAGCAGCUGCUGAAGACCGGAGUUAUGAGGCCUUAUUGCCCUCUCCCUUGGGCGUCCUGUGGCCCUCAGCAAACACACUGCACACAAUGCCAGCCAGCCAUCCCUGGGCCCUGGGGGCUUGCUCACGUCUCUGAAGACUGUGAACAGUUCUAACUGUGAGUGAUGGGAAUGACCUGUUCCUGUUUUUUCGGUUUUGGUGUGCAUUAUCCCCUGGGUUUUACACAGAUAAUUGUUGCAGACAUGCAGAACUAUGAGCACCUUAUAUCAUGAUCUGUUGCUGGUUGCUAUAAACCUCACAGCUCAGAUGUAAUCAGCUCCAGCUGCAGCCCCCUUUCAGAAUCCCAAUCAGAGGGCUAGACUGAAAAUGAGCUGUGGUAAAGCAUUGCCUGGUUUUGUGCUGACACAAUGAUUCUAUACAGGAACUGUAGGAUCCAAACAUCUCUUUAUGACAUAGGCCUACAGGUUGCAAGCAGAUCGGAAAGGCCUCUUUUAAUGUGCUUUAGAGUAGACAUUUUUAAAGGUUUUCCCAUCAGGGCGUAGGGGCUGUAACACAAACAGAGAGGGCAUUCUUGCUCUCCAUAGAAAUCCAACUUCAUGAUCCUAGCUCAACAAUUGGCUAUACGGAUUGCACUGUUUUGAGUGGUUGGGUUAUGCCAAAACAAAGUCAUGCCUACAGUCCUUGCUGGGAACACUGUGCCUUGCAGUUGGAGUCUAAGGAAACCCUCUUCAUUCCAUGCCGUUAGCGGACACCCCUGAUUCUUUCGGGGCACACAAGACCUACAGUCCAGUCCCCAUCUUCUUGGGCUGUCUGAAUGAUCUUCAAUACGGCAGUCUGUCUAUUUGGGGUCCACCAAAUCAUGAAAAGCAAAAUGUACCCCAUUAAUUGACUAUAGCAAUUGGCUCCCAGUCUGUUAUUGUACAUUUGUGAAGAUAAAUGUUCUAAAAAUGCAAACCAUCUCUCUUUUGGGACAAGACACAAGUCAGAAGCCGGGUACAAAACCAUUUCGGUACUGCUCACAAAAGCAUUGUUUGAGAUCCAAAAAUGUUAAGUAAUUCAGUGAUAUCUCUUUGCAAAAUUCCAGAAACAUCACUAACUGUUUACUUAUGUGUUUUGCAGCUAUUUUGCUUAACCAGUUACUGCCACAACAUUAUUUUAAGAAGUAUCUUCUGACACCAUACAUCAGUCUGUGUAAGGCUAAAUAGUACAUCUAGUACACUACAGUACUUGCAUAAGGAAUCCAGAAAAUCACUGAAACUAGUGUGUUUGCAACUGUAGGCCUAAAUGUUAAUUAACCCAAUAUCAUAUUCAAAGGAAGAGAAAAAAUAUAAAACAAAACACCUUUUGGUUAAAUUUGUCACAACCUGAACGUUCAAAAUGCAAUUCACUUUAGCUCUUUUUACUCUGCCCCUUACCAAAGUGCCCCGGUUUAGAGUGAGUUUCAGUAGAACCAGAAGUCUGUUGCCUUCGGACAUCAGUGCUUCAAUGCAGCCAAUGCAGCCCUCAGACAAGGCGGGACAUACUGGCUGUAGCUGGAGGAAGGAAGUUCCCUCUGAAGCAGGGAGUGUCUGCAUAUAAAAUGGUCUGCAGUUCUCUGCUUCAUAGGUCAGAAGCUUGUUUAUCUUGUCUCUGUGGCUACGCUCAGUCCCAACUAAAUUGUUUGAACCUGUAUGAGAAAAAGCUCCAUUUGGCACGCAUCAUCUUACACACCAGAUAAUCUUAAUUUCAUUUGAACAUCCCUCUACAUGUAGAUUUCCCAGUUAACUUCUGUUUAUGGCAAAUGCUAUUGAAAAUCAAGUCCCAGUGUCACUGAAAGAUGGUUAGAGAAUUGGAUUACUGCACGUUCUGGGGAACUAUUUUUUUUGCCGAUUUGAAUUAGAAACUCUCAAAGUAUCAAUUUCAGAUACUUAGAUAUACAUGUCAGUAGAUUCAUGACUUUUCAUUUACAUCAUGUCCUGUUAUAGGACUCUUUCCCACAUUUACAUUUUUUUUUUUGUCAGAACACGUGUACACACAUACUCACCUACACACACUCACACAUAGACACACUCACUCAUCAUGAUGCAAUAAAAGAAAAGUGAAAAUUAUAAUUGGAUGAUCAAAGAAAGCAAAAAAAACGAGAAAACAACCAUGCACAAAUUUCGCUGCUUGAAUGGGACUGCUAGCCAAUGCUGGUUGAGAUGCCUUUAUUUACUCUCCAAUUGUAUACACUGUAGAUGCCACCACCGUCUCCUCUUCUAUGACCAUGGGAGGCCCUCGCAGUGCUUUUCCCACCUCUUCCACCUCCACCAUGCACUCCACUACUUCAGCCACCGACCAGACCUCUGCUCACACCGGCAUCGCCGCUCCAGACGAAGGUGUAAGUAGCAGAGCGGUGGCCGACAUGCUUGGAGCCGAGGGCGGGAAUGGCAACAGUGGGAGUGCUGGUGGCGGCAGGGCUGGCGGCGAGAAAGGAGGGGCAGGAUCCCUAGGUGGAGGAGGAAGAGGGGGGGCAUCCCAGGAGGCCCAGCAGCACCACCAAAUGACCCCCUCCAAACGGCGGACGGUGCUGAACAUCUCGCCUCCGCCCGAGGACCUGUUUGACGACAGCCGCAUGUCCUGCCAGGAGGAUCAGCUCCAGGACUCAGAGCAGAGCAACAGCAUCUGGAUGGAUGACUCCGCUUCCAACUUCAGCAUCGUCAGCUCCAGCUCCUACAACGACAACACAGAGGUGCCCCGGAAGUCCCGCAAGCGCACCCCCCGCCAGCGACCCGGCCCCAAGCCUGCCUCGGCCGAGGAGGCCAGCAUGGACGUGUUUGAUGCAGACAGUGCCAAAGGGCCUCACUUUGUGCUCUCACAGCUGGGCUCAGACAGCAAGGCCUGUACCAAAGGAAGUUCGGCAGAUGGCCCCCAAACAACCCAUCAGAAAGGUGGGACCCUAGCGAGCCAGUUCCCUCAGAAGAGUGAGGGAAAGGAGCUGAAGAUCCUGGUCCAGCCUGAGACCCAGCACAGAGCCCGCUACCUGACUGAGGGCAGCAGGGGGUCAGUGAAGGACCGCACUCAGCAGGGCUUCCCCACCCUAAAGCUGGAGGGUGUGAAUGAGGCAGUGGUGCUGCAGGUGUUUGUGGGUAAUGACGCUGGGCGUGUGAAGCCACAUGGGUUCUACCAGGCCUGCAGGGUGACAGGGCGCAACACCACAGCCUGCAAGGAGGUGGACAUCGAGGGCACUACUGUCAUUGAAGUGUCCCUAGACCCCAGCAAUAAUAUGACCCUGGCGGUGGAUUGCGUGGGGAUCCUGAAGCUGCGUAACGCUGAUGUGGAAGCUCGUAUCGGGGUGGCCGGCUCCAAAAAGAAGAGCACGCGUGCCAGGCUGGUGUUUCGGGUCAACAUCCCCAGGCCGGACGGUUCUGUGCUCACGUUACAGACACCGUCGUCCCCCAUCCUGUGCACCCAGCCUGCAGGGGUGCCUGAGAUUCUGAAGAAGUCCCUCCACAGUUGCUCGGCGAGGGGAGAUGAGGAGGUCUUCAUCAUUGGGAAGAACUUCCUCAAGGACACCAAGGUCAUAUUCCAGGAAAAUGUAUCAGAUGAGAAGUCUUGGAAGGCAGAGGCUGAAAUUGACAUGGAGCUGUUUCACCAGAAUCACUUGAUUGUGAAGGUUCCUCCAUACCAGAACCUAGCCAUCGCGUCUGCGGUGUGUGUGGGGAUCUACGUGGUGACCAAUGCUGGCCGAUCCCACGACGUACAGCCUUUUACAUACACUCCAGAACCAGUGGACAUAUCUGUGAAGAAAGAAGUUCCAUCUCCAGGCAAGCCCUGCUCUUUUGAUCAACGGAUGAAAGUAAUUGAUGGUGCCUUGAUGCCCCCAAUGUUGCCUCUUGUGAAGAGAGAAGAGGUCACUCCAAUGGAGGUCUCCAGCAAUCUCCCUUCUGCUGGCGUGUUCAAGCGGACCCCCGAUGUCAUGUGUUCGGCCCAGCAGACGCUGGACAUGAGUUCCAACCUUCCCCCCAACAACAGCCCGUUCUCCAACUCCUUGCCGCGGCCUGCCAGUGACCCUGAUGAAUCCCAAACAGCAGUCUUCAACAGUGCAGAGGCUCUGAGCACCAUACAGAAGCAGGACAUCGCUCCCACCAACUCCUUCCCCGUGCCUGCAGACUCUCUACUCCAACCUGGGCCUCAGCAGUUCCUCCUGGAGCCCAGAGAGGGGCUGGGGCAGGACAGGGCUGGCAACAACGCUGGGGCAGUAGGGAGGCUCAGUCAACAAGUGGAGGCCCCUCAACCUGCCCCCCAGCAGCACCAGCUGCCCAUAUUCCCCCCAGACGAUGUGGCCCAACUGGAACAAGCAGUGAGACAACUGCAGGCCAAAGGAUACUGCAGCCAGCAGCAACAGCGACAACAGCAACAGAUUCAGCAGCAACAAAUUCAGCAACAACAGCAGCAACAAAUUCAGCAACAACAAAUUCAGCAACAGCAACUACAGCAACAACAACAGAUUCAACAACAACAAAUUCAGCAACAACAGCAACAGCAAAUUCAGCAACAGCAAAUUCAGCAACAACAAAUUCAACAGCAACAAAUUCAACACCAGCAGCAGCAACAGCAAGUGUUGGAGAACCUGCAGCAGCAGCUGUUUCAGUCACAGAUGCCCAUGCAGUGUGGCAUAUUCCAGGGCGGUUCUCGAGGUGAGAACACUGAACAGCAGGGUUCCCAGCAGGGCAUGGUGCAGAACCAUGGUUCUCUCUUUCAGCAGGCCCAACAACAACAGCAGCAGCAGCAACAACAACAACAGAAACAGCAGCAGCAAGCAGCACUCUUUCAGCAAGCCAAUGAGCUCCUCUCCAUUCAGACCAACUUCCUCCAUCAGACCCCUUCUCAUCCCUCUCCACCCCUCUUCCAUAACCCCAGCCCCCUGGCUGAGGCACAGGACCCACAGGGGGCACUGUUCCACACUCAGAAGGCCUCUCCCACCCAGGAGCAGGUCCAGGCAACCCUCUUCCAGAACACCCUGACAGUGUUGAGUAGGACCAGCCUCUCCCCAGAGCAGCCCCCCUCUGCCGCCAACCUAUUCCUCCCCCAGAGUACCCUGCCCAGGCAGCUCUCCGCUAGUGGCAGCCAGCAGCAGCAGCUGGCCUUCCUCAGUGCCCUGCAGACCUCUGCCACUGAGCCCCAGUCAGUGUUCCAGGCUCAGACCCAGCUUUCCCCCAUCCAGCAGGGGACCCCCAUGGAGCAACAGCAGCCCUCCCAGCCUCAGCCCCAGCCUCAGCCACCUCAGCAGAACUCCAUGUUUCAGAACAUCUCCCCUCAUCCACCUGCAAACACUCUCUCUCAGACCCAGCAGCAGCAGGCCGGCCUACUGUUCUGCAGCAACCCCCUCUCCACUCCAGAGCAGGCCCCCAGUCUGCUUUUCAGCAGCCAGGGCCAGAUGCCCCCCAUGAGCAGCAGCAGCCUGAACUCUCAGGAGCCCCAAAACCCCUCCAUGCUGUUCUCUCAGGCCAGCAUGGUGACGGUUAGCCAGCAGGAAUCCUCAGAGCCCAUGGCCUUCCAGGACCAGAGCCAGGUGGUGGGGAACCCCUCAGAGCCUCGCCAGCAGGGCCUGUUCCAAGAGCAGCAGCCCAUGCAGCUGAUCACCAGCUCCAACAAUGGCCCAGAGCAGCCCGUCUCCCUCUUCAUGCCCCAAUCCAACAUGGCUGCCCUGCAGGGUUGCAUGGCUUCCCAGGAGCUCCCGCAGACAGGCAUCUUCAGCACCCAGAAUGGGGUGGCAGGCCUGCAGACCACCACCUCCUCCCCCGUGCAGCAGCCAGGGUCUCUGUUCCAGACAGCAGUCAGUGGGACCCUCAACCAGCCCAGCGAGGCCCAGCAGCCAGGCCUCUUCCUCUUUGGGAUUCAGAAUGAGUGUGGCCAGCUGAUAAACUCUCCUGGAACCACUCUGUCUGAUCAGAUCAUUGCCAUCAGUCAGUCUGGUCAGAACCAGAGAGCGAGUGAGGCCCAGAUCCAGUCGCUGCUCAACCAGUCCAUGUCUGAGUCAGGGAGCAUGCAGAACAGCAUGACCGCCUCCCAGAACAUGGAGAAGAUAGAUGACCUGCUUGUCAGCCUGCAGGAGCAGGGCAACAACCUCACUCGCUCCUACUAGGCCUGCUAUAGGUUUCAGGAGCCCCGAAGACCCCCAGUGUGGACCCCCAUUACAGACGGCAGAAGACCCCCCCAGUGUGGACCCCCAUUACAGACGGCAGAAGACCCCCCCAGUGUGGACCCCCAUUACAGACGGCAAAAGACCCCCCCCCAGUGUGGACCCCCAUUACAGACGGCAGAAGACCCCCAGUGUGGACCCCCAUUACAGACGGCAGAAGAACGGAAACAAAUUCAACAGUGGGCUCCUGUCCAAACUCCAAGUUACAUGUAAGCCUCAGCGGCCUUCUUCUCCAAGGACAGUCUUCAUGUGUAGAUGCGCCACAGUGGCGCCGAGCGGGGUAUCAGUCCUCCACUGCAUCUAAACCUGGACCUCAAAAUAGGACAUAGGUUGUAGUCACCCCACAACUGCAGUGUGGCCAAUGUAUCUCACAGCUAGUCGCCUCCAGCUGUUAAUGAAACAUGACACUUUGAAAUGUUUGGCUAACUCAUCAGUUCUCAGAACAGCACUUUGCGGUGUGGUUUUAUAAAGAUGGUGGUGGAAGCUAGCACAGCAUUCUGUAUUCUCCAGGACCAGAGUGUGGGCUCACAAUUGUUUAUAACGCAUUAUUGUCCUUUUUAUACGAUAUUAAAAGUAUUUUAAGAAAUAGCAAAAGAAAAUAUACAAUUCGUGAAAAAUAAACCUUUGUAAGAUAUUUUGACAUUAGUUCUUUCAGCACUUCACAAUGCUUUCAUUUUGUGACCAUUUACUCAUUAUGUUGGCCCAUGCAUAUUCACUAGUCAGCUAUUUAUCUCUUCUCGUGUUUACUGGAUGUACAGCUCGACUACUUUAUUACUCCUGCAUGUGUGUUGAGUUAUGGUUUUAGUUUUUUAUUGCUCCUUUCAUGAAAUACCAGUUUAUCUUAUUGGCAGCCAUCUUCCCAUUACCCAUUCCUGAGAAUAACUCCAAGUAUUUGAGUAUUACACCAUGGAUUUCUUUCCCUGAUUAGACUCUGGAGUACGAGAGAUGCUCUAGAUUAGGGUCAAUGUGGAUCAAGA